UAAAGCAAACACAAGGACUAAUAAUAUUCGUCUGAGUGACUUCAUUAGUUUCACAUAUGCAGUAAAAAAAAUUUCCCCAUUGACUAACAACAAUUUCUAACACAUAGUGUAGUACAGUGGUAACCUUUAUCUAUCACAUAAGUAUAGUGACACAAUGAUUUCGAAUAAUGACAAACGUCAUCGAAUUGAUGAUAACGAUACCGAUAAAUAUACGACGAGUUCGACGACAAAAAACGACAACGAUAAUGAACAACAAAUAAGAAAAUAUAUGACACUACAGUCUUCUAGAUGUACGGGGAGUGCAGGUGUUGGAGGGGGUGGUGCUAUAAAACGAUUGUUAUCAGAAAGUGUGCCAUCAUUGUUAGCGCCUAGUGUAAUAUCACUGUUUCAAAAUAAUAAUAAUAAUAAUAAGAAAAAAAAUGUACAAGCUGAGAAUAUUCGUAUAAUAGUUGAAGAUGUUGAUAUAGAACGCGUCGGCGAUGAGGUAAAGUCGCUAGAUGGUGAUGAUGAUCAAUGUAGCAGUGGUGUAAGACACCAACCAGAUAAUAUAGAUAAUACUGAGGAGGAUGAUUCUUGGGUGGUUGGUAUUACCCGAAGCAAUGCAGUACAAUUCGCAGAUGAGACAAGUCGUGCUCGAACACUUCAAAGAACAUUGAAAUAUGCUGGAUAUAAACCUUUGCCGGACGGAGUGCAGUUAACCUUAAGCGAACUGCGCGACAUGGCUUACCGGCAGCAACAUCAAAUCGAGUCGCAACAUCAAUUGCUAGCGGCAAAAGAGCAACGAUUACGGUACCUGAAAGAACAAGAAGCACGACAUCAACGAGUUGCGUCUGAGAAUGAACGAUUAAGACGGUUGCGUGAUCGUGUUGAAGCUCAAGAAUUAAAACUACGAAAGCUUCGUGCACUUCGUGGACAAGUCGACCAAAAUAAACAGAAUAAUGCCUUACUUACUAGUGACCUUGACUCAAUUCGAGCACUUUUUAACGAGAAAGAAAAAGAAUUAAGUGUAGCUGUUGCCAAAGUAGAUGAAUUAACACGUCAACUCGAAGAUUUACGACGAGGUCGAGCAUCCGAACCACCUUCAGCAGCGGCCUUAGAACUGGAAAAACUCCGUAGGGAAUUAAUGUAUAGAAAUAAAUUAAAUGAACAACAGAAUGCGAGAUUAAAUCAACAGCGUGAAGCAUUAACACAACGACAAGAAGAAAUGACGAAUAUAGAUAAACGAAUAUCUGAAUUACAAGACCGACUACAUCGAAAACGUAUUCUUAAUCAACAACUUGCUAAUCAAAUCACUGCUGCUUCAAAUAAAUCAUCACAACUGCCCAAUCAAAUAACAAAUCAUGGAAUGUUAAAUACUCAAUUAAUCAACAAUAAUCCACAUAAUGUAUUAAAAAAACAACAGUCAAGAGGAAAUAUUGCUGCUAUUGAACCAUAUAAUCAUAUACCAUCAUCCAAUACAAAUACCAAUACAAACGAUCAUCAUUUUAAUGAUAAAUUAUUACAAAAGAAUUAUUUUAUACCUGUUAUAUCAAAUCAACUAAAAAAUACAAAUUUAAACCAAAAUGAAAAUAUCAACAUGUACAAAAAUCAUAAAGAUGAAUAUCACGAAUUAUUAAACAAUACCAAAAAGAAUAAUACAAAUCAACAAUAUCAACAACAUUUACAACAACAAUUACAACAGCAACAACAACAGCAGCAAUUACAACAACAAGAGCAAUCUGAACAUCAACAAUAUAUCAACAAAGGUGGCGAAUUUAGUAACGAUUACAUAACAGAAUUUAGUGCAACAAAAUCAGAUCCAAAAUAUCAAACACUACCAUAUAAUACAAAAUUCUCUGUAAAUUUUCUACAAAAAAAUAAUCGUGAUAAUAAUAUUGAACAAGAAAAUAAAGAUAAACAACAACAACAACAACAACAACAGCAGCAGCAACAAUCAACAAUACAACAAGAAUCAACAGAUAAUAUUCAACAACAAUUUAACAAUAAUAUAUUAAAAUCACCUCCGCCGUCAACACUGAAUACACUUAGUGGAGGAUAUCAGCAACAUAUGACUGUACAUAGUACACCUUUGUCAACAAUUAACAAAGGUUUAGCGGUGCCAGUCAAUCAAAAUGAACAAUUAACGAAUCAGCAACAAGAAAAGAAUUAUAUCAAACAAUUUAAUGAACAACAAAAAUUACUUCAAUCUAGCGAGCCUAAUAAUCAUGUGCAUCCACAACUAAUCAGCACAAGUAGAGGUCAACCGGUAGGUGGCCCAUCGUCAACUACAUCCACAUCAGCCACUUUAUCAACUACGAAUAGUCAAAGUUUAAGUAAUAAUCAUAUUCAGAAAUCAUCAAAUAACGUCCCAUCAUCAACAGCUCCUUCUUUACUUCAUGGACCAAAUAAAUUAUCAACAAUUUAUCAAACAUCAUCAACUAAAAUUCAACCAGUACAACCGCAAACAAUACAAUCAACAAAUUUACAGCAACAGCAAGUAAUGGGAACAACACAAUCAUCUUCAUCGAUAGCACCAACUAAUAGUAGCAGUUCAUCAACAAUUCCACAAUCUGAUUUAGCUAACUACAAUAACAAUGAUAAAUCACCUAAACCAAUUCUACCACCAAAACCUGCAAUUAAACCACCUCCUAGACAAACACAACCAGCCGGUUCAUCGUCUCCAACAACAGAAUUAGAUGUAAAAAAUAAAGAACCUCCUCCUCCAAUACCGACAUCCGAUAUUCCACAAGAUAAUAAUCCAUCAACACCACCUAUUCAUACAAUAAUAAAACCAAAUUAUGAUAACAAACCAAUCAAAGCGAAACCAUUGACAAUUAAAAAGCAACCUCCUGGAGAACAACCAAAAUUACGCGCGAUACCUAAAGUGAAUGGGGUUCAUGUUACGAUAAAUCGACGAAUUGAAAUGCCACCUGCUUUCCUGUUUCCUGAAAAUGAAUCACCUCCAUCCGAUUUAAUAAAUUCACAAGAUCGAAAACAAUCAUCGAAUGAGAUAUCAAAAAGUAAGAGUCUCGACACUGUAGAUCGGAUUCAACAAUCGGAUGAAAAGAAACUGCAAACAACUGAUUUAGAUGACGAGAAUAAGAAAAACAUAUCGAACAGUGAUAUCACUUCAGCAUUGGAUAAAAUGAUAUCGAUGAAUAUCAAUACAGACAAUGUAAUACGUAGAGUAAAUAAGGGUAAUUUAAAACAAACGGGUAAAGUAAAUUUAUCACGACGAGUUAGUUUUGAUCCACUUGCCUUAUUAUUGGAUGCGAGCUUAGAAGGAGAAUUAGAAUUAGUGAAAAAGACAGCAACACAAGUACCAAAUCCAAGCGCAGCUAAUGAUGAAGGUAUUACAGCAUUACAUAAUGCAAUAUGUGCGGGCCAUUUAGAAAUUGUACAAUUUUUGGUUGAGUAUGGUUGUGAUGUGAAUGCACAAGAUAGUGAUGGAUGGACACCGUUACAUUGUGCUGCAAGCUGUAAUAAUGUAGCAAUGGUACGUUUUUUGGUUGAACAUGGUGCAUGUAUUUUUGCUACCACAUUAUCAGAUCAUGAAACUGCAGCUGAAAAAUGUGAAGAAGAUGAGGAAGGUUUUGAUGGAUGUUCCGAAUAUUUGUACAGUGUACAAGAAAAAUUGGGAAUAUUAUGUGGUGGAGCUGUAUAUGCCGUAUUUGAUUAUACUGCUCAACAACCGGAUGAACUAAGUUUUUCAGCAGGCGAUCAACUUACAAUCAUUCGAAAAGGAGAUGAAAAUGAGCGUGAAUGGUGGUGGGCUCGAUUGGGUGAUCAAGAGGGAUAUAUUCCACGGAACUUGUUGGGGCUCUAUCCUAGAGUCACACCGAAGUCAACGAACGAAUAGUAAUAAAAAAUUAUUCUUAUAAAAAAUAAAUUUGUAUA